CCCUUGCCUCUCGGUGGUGCUUCCGGGCCGCACUUCCGGGCGCGCCUGCGCACUCGCUACCUCCGCGACCUGCCCGCCGCCGGUACGGCAGCUGAGUCCUGUGUGUGUGCCCCUCCGUCCCUCACCAUGUACGCCUGUGCAAAGUUCGUCUCCACUCCUGCACUAGUGAGGAGCUCACGGGUGCUGUCCCAGCCCCUCUCUGCCUCCAUGCUGAGCAGCCCCGAGGCCCGGACAGAGAAGGCGCAUCUGGGCGCCCACCGAGCCAUCCAGACAAGUACGGCCCACCGAGACAUUGACACCGCUGCCAAGUUCAUCGGCGCCGGUGCUGCCACUGUGGGGGUAGCUGGCUCCGGCGCUGGCAUCGGUACCGUCUUCGGCAGCCUCAUCAUCGGCUAUGCCAGGAACCCCUCACUUAAACAGCAGCUUUUCUCCUACGCCAUCUUGGGCUUUGCCCUCUCUGAGGCCAUGGGGCUCUUCUGCCUCAUGGUGGCCUUCCUCAUCCUCUUUGCCAUGUGAUGGAGCCAGCACCCCACUGUGCCCGUCCCCCCUCCCCCCCCCAAGCCAUGAAUGCCAGCAGGGGGGCAGGAGAGAGCCCCGGCCCCCCGCCAUGGGCGGGCAGGGAAUAAAGACGGUUUGGUAUCGGG